UGGUUCACGGGAAGUGGAUUGCCAAGAGGGAGUACAUCCUGGUUACAUGGUAUAGAUGAAAAGUAGGGGGUGCAAGUACAAAGGGGGGGGAUGGUGUUCACAGGACGGUCAUCGAUGAUGGGGACCGACGGCACGGUGGUGCAAGACCGCGCAGAAUUGUUCGGUUACGUUUUGUGCUGAUUGAUGCGACUGGCUAGCCGUAAGGUUGCAGUCUUCUCGGCAAAUGGCCUUCUGGCCAAAGAAAGGCAGGAGAAGUUCUGGAUGGGUUUGGAGGUGGAGUGAAUGGGAUGGGACAAGGGGUGGUGGAUGUCGAUGGGAUGGGACAAGGGGUGGUGGAUGUCGAUGGGAUACGGUUCACGCAGAGAGAGCAAGGCACGAGGGGACGGUGUUGCCUUCUCUCACCAUCGUUUGCCAGAUCGGAGGAAUAGUGAGCAACUCCACGUAUGUCUAAAGCGUCCGUCAUGGUCGGGUGGGAUCAACGCUGUUGAGUUUGAAGUUCGAAUGCCGCAAACCUUCCACCCCAUCGGGCCUGAUCUGCUACUUUAUCUGGCUGACGUCGGACCGAUCGAUUACCAAACUGCCAUCAAUGAAGACCGGCCGGCUUUACUGUAGCUGCCGGCCUAUAAUCC